AAGAGCAUACCUUGAAAUCCCUUCUAUGUACAGUACGCACGCAGGAUAUCUAAAUUCGACGAGUUAAUUAACGAAAAAAAUUCCUACUCUAUUAUAUAAACUUCUGUGUAGACACGCGUCUGUUUGUAUACCUAGUCGACCUGCGACCGCUGUUUCAAUUCAGUCUAAUCAGCAAGUUUCUUGGGAAUUGGUUAAAUCGGAGCCAAAGCACAAUCAUGAAAUUCUUAACGAUUCUUCUUCUUGUCGGCGGUAUCGGUUUCAAGCCUCUUCCAGCGAACGCAACGAUGGAAGACUAUUUCGAUGAAAAGAUUAGAGAAACGAAGAUUGAAAUAGCGAAGCUGUAUCUUCAAGAGCCACCGGCAGUGCCAAAAAAACUGUACAACGUGCAAUGGGAUCGUCUGUGGCACGAGAGCCUCGGCAAUCGGCGGCUGUUCAUAGCGAAAGCCUUGAACAAAAUCCUCUACGUCGAAGAACACCGCGUCGCAAUGUUCUCCACAGAUACGUCUCCUUCCAAUCAGACCUCGAUGGCGGAACUUCCCGUUUGGCGUUUCAAUGGUGCCAUUAAAUUCAUCAAAAGCACCGUCUGGAAAACCAUGCUCUAUCUGCUGAUUUGUUACGAAACCGAUUUCUGCACUCUGUAUGCGGGAGCGGAAGGCCUGCAAAUGAAACACCGGCAGAGCAUUCGCUGCAAGGGACACCCCAUGGAUGCCAGCUUCUUCGUCAGAGAGAACCGACUUUAUCUCGUGGUGGUCAAUAGUUGGGGCCAGUUCACUGUCCCGUCUCUAAUCUACCAUUGGAGAGGCACGUACAUGGACAAGAUAGCGGAGGCGAUGACCACCGCUGCCGUUUCCGUCGCCACGUUCCAGCACAAGCACUUGACCAUUAUGGUAUUUGCGCAAAACGACUCCAGCAUCGGUAUCGUGGUGUACGAGUUUAAAGAUACCAGCGCGGACAAUGUACAGUUCCUAUCGACCAUUAAUCCUGCCUCUGUCCAUCAUUACAAUCAUGCGGGUUUUAGUUUUAUUCUUUUGACGAAUAAACGUGGACCCGGUAAUCUGUUCUGGUGGGACGGACAAGAAUUGUUGAAUUGGAAAGAAUUCUUCGAAACCGAUGCGCCGAACUUGAUCCGUACAGUGACCGUCGGCGAUGACACAUUCUUCGUCGUAGCCAAUACUAAUUUUUUGAGAUUGUACAAGUUCGAGAAUGCAUCGGACUGCACACUGUUGAGUUCGAAGGAGUUGCCUGAAGGAGAAACUGUGGUCGACAUAGAGACUCGAACAGAAAACACUAAGGUGAUCAUAGUGCUGAUCACAGAGAACAACAACGGCGUUCUUUCCGUGGAAUCCUGGGGGAUGGACAUCAAGGAAAUCUCUUCCGAAGAUUCGAGCGAGGAGAGUCUGUCGAAGCAUUUAUCAGACCUGGUAGAAACGCUCCAGCGAAGAAGACCGCUCGUGCAGCAAGCCGAGUCUUCGUGGCCCUCGUUAUAUCCUGCGAAUGAGGAUUUAACGAUUUCCGAUCCCCUGAUAAUACCAAAGUUGAUCCUAAAAUCGGGAACCGUGAGGAACAUCAUCACACCCCGCGACCUUAAGGAAAACUUGAGAAAGUUGACUCUCGAGGUCGACAGAACUCUCGCGGCGUCCAAAAAUCUUUUAUCGAGCACUAAAAAUUACUUCCCCAUGGACAUUGUCGCCGAAAAUAAUGCUUCCAUCCGAACGUUAGAAAUCGAUAAGCUUGAGGUCGACUUCUUGAACGGUGUGGAUAUUAGAUCGACGGAUGCCGAAUCGAACGCAAACGAAGAACCUCUGGUUCCCUUACGCGGGUCGAAUAUCGUCGUGGAGAACGUCGAAAUCGACUCCCUCUGUGGGAUUCCGUCCCGAUAUUGGGCACUGAAGAAUGACUCAUCCGGGAUGGACAUAAAUCUGGAACCAAGUGAAAUUGAAUUUUUGAACGACACUAUAUAUCUACGAUCGAACGUCUCCGUGACAAAGUUAAACGCGACUAUGAUGAACGAUCUUAACAUCGAUAAAUUCCUCGGCGAGUUGUUUAUCAUCAAUAAGAAUCAGAAAAUUAGAGGGAAUCUGCUGUAUAACAAUUUGUUACAAAUUCACAAUCUAACAACGGAGAAGCUGAACAAUCGAUCGAUAGAGAGUUACAUGACUACAAAAACUAAUCAGACAUUUGAUCGCUUCGAUAUAAUGUCGCUUCAGGUACAUCAUUUGUUCGCCGAAUCGAUCAAUGGUGUCAAAGUGUCGGAGGCUGCAAGAAUAUCUCGCAAAAACGUUAUCAAAGGAAAAUUGACGGUCGCGAAGUUACAUGUGACGAAAGAAUUCGUGAUGGAUGGCCACUGGGAUCUACCGCAAAGACAACAGGUUCAGAUCUAUUACAACGUGACUGUUCGAAACGAUUUGAGGAUAAAAACGAUCGUCACGGAUAUGUAUACGAAACUUAUAUUAGGUGGCAAAGAGGUGAGUCUGAACGACGUCCCGGACGGUCUCUGGACAAAAUCCACCGAUCAGGACAUCAGGAACGACGUCAUCUUCGAGAACAAAGUGACGAUCGAUCAUUUAGUCGUCGAUCGUUUGAACGGGUUCACCGAAAAGGAAUUUCUGUACACUACUGCGACCGCUAUCCCAGAAUCGUUCGGUCAUAUCCGAUUCGAUAACGUCGUACUCGACGAUCUAUUUCCCGCGAAGGACGAAAACAGUCCUACGUUCGAAGAGGUUCCAGAUUCCUUAACGAUUCGAGACGGAUUGCACCUGAGAGAGCUUCGCGGUAGCAAAUUGCUGGUCGAUCGUUUCAACGGCCUCCUAGUUUCCGAUAUAUUGGACGAUCAACGAUCGAUCAAUGUCUCGAAAGCGGUGGACUUCUCUGUGAUCCGAGCGAAGCAAGUCAACGUGGACCGGCUGCACUUCCGGUCCAUCAACGGUCAAGACAGCGCCGAGUUCCUCGGAUAUAAGGAAAACGAUCGAAACGAACAGACGACGAGCAGCCUAAAAUCUCCAGAAUUUCACGUGGAAAAUCUGUUCGUCGAGAAGAUUAAUGGUGUCGACAUGAAUGAUCUCGGGUCGCUACGAAAUGCUACCGAUUUGAAAGAUCUCGUGAUAGACGGUGACCUGACGGUGAAGGGUGAUUUAAAGAUCGAUCGAAUCGACGGCCAAUCGCCCGAGUUGUAUCUCAGAAACAUGGUCAACGAAGACAUCGUAUUACAUCUAGAAGAGACCAUCGGCGAGCUGGUCGUGCAAAAUGCGACGUUGAAGUCCCUGAACGGCCACAACGUGAACAGUUUCUUUGAAAGUGUUCUGUCGAGAUCGAGAAAACAGAUCGUGUCGGGUCGGUUCACUUUUAAUAAAAUGACCACCGGCAACGUCCUCACCAAGUACAUCAACGAUCUAGACAGCUCGAAAUUACUCUGGAUCGACAGGCCGCUGUUCUUCACUGGUAAUGUCACGUUCGACGAACUUCUCGUAGACAAUGUCACGACGAGAAUUCUAAACGGCCAGGAUGUCUACGAGCUGUACGAAGAUUUACUGAACGUGCCGGCAACCAUGAUCGACACCCUGUCGGUGCACGGAAACGUCUCUUGGGGUACAGCUUCGUCGAACGCAGACUCGUUAACUUACUUAUUCGAAAACGCAGUUACCAAAACCACGGAUCAAACUAUUUACGGUGACGUAGUCUUCGACGAGGCUGUGUCGACGUUAAUUGCAGAGUUAAAACGAAAGGAAGUCGACGAGAUACGCGACAUAGUUGCUGACGCGGUAAAAGACCACGAAAACGUUAUCCGGAUAUCCGGGCAGAAGGUUUUCGCGAUGAGUUUGAUGAUCAACAAGCUCUCGGUGAUCGGCGAUAUAACGAUUCCGGACAUCAACAACGUCAGUGUCAUCGAAUUUAAUAAUUCCGUGGUCCGAAAAGAUCAGGACGAAACGAUCACCGGUACCCUAACUUUCCUCGACGAAGCAUCGAUCAGUGAAAUAUACGUGAACGACAGUGCCCACGAUGUACCUUUGCGUGAGCUGGUUUGGGCGACCGAUCCACUGCCUCCUAACGUACAUUUUAAACAUCUUUUAGUAAUGGGCGACGUUUAUCUGAAGAAUUUAGAUGGUGUCGAUUUUGACGAGUUCUUGAAAGACCGAAUAACCAUCCACGGGGAUCACGACAUAGCUGCUGACGUUCAGUUCAAUGGGAUCGUAGAAGUGACAGGAAACGCGACGCUGUCGAAAAUCAACGGGAUAGAUCCCGCUGACUUGGUUCUCGAUGGAUUGGAGGAGACGCAAGUUAUAUCCGGCACGAAGACCUUCGCUGAAAACCUUCUGGUCAACGGCAACGUUCGAACGUCGCUAAUAAACGGCCUAAACCUGUCUACGGAGUACUCGAGCGGUGUUCUGAACGACGAGGAUGCGGAGAUCGUCGGGGAUUUGGUCUUCGAGUCGGAGGUCAAAGUUCCGGAAGAUGUGACCGUUUCAGGAUUGGUGAACGGACUGAAUUUAGGCACGUUCCUCAAGGAACUGGAAGAAGACACGCAGCAGACACUCGAAACAUUCGAGCGUAAUACGAUGGCGAUACGGGACAGCAUCGGAUGGUCCUCGUUGAUCUCCGAAAGGCUGAGGAACAUUUUAUCGUACAUAGAAUCGGAGAAGGAGUUGAUGAUUCAGGUGCCGAAUGUUAAAGCGGUGAACGUCGUCUCUUACGAGAAUGUCGUGAAGUUGAAUAUGUUUGGGGAGGAGGCUGGGCCUCUUUGCGGGCUACCGAGUAAUUGUUCCUGUCCAACCGAACAUGUAGCUGAGCUGAGGAAGGACCACUGUCGCGUGUGGAGAACGAACGGUUCGACGAUAGUGCGAAACUUCCACGGGUCGCGCAGCAACUUCGGCGUAAAUGUAGAAACAAAUGCAGUCUCCAGUGGUUCCGAGUGCACUUCGAGUAGCAACAAAGAUGAAUUUACGAAGAUUUCAUGGAUGAAACCAAGUAUGAUGGACACUGGAGAUGUCUUGGCUCAAGUGAACGGAGCUUCCGACAGGAUCCAGGGGUUUGUCAAGGACGUAACGGUCUUUAUGACUGGCGACGAUGCAGCCUUUGUAGUCCUGGCGAUCUACUACGAUACAUUGCGUCAGUCCCACCGAACUGAUUCCUUCGUUUACAUGAUCGACUUCGACGGUAACUCGUUAUCGCUGCACCAAAAACUGCCCACCGACGGUGCUUGGGACGUUGAAGUCUUCAGCGGGCUUCACCGUAACCUGUAUCUGCUCCUAGGUUGCUUCGGGGCCUCCAAGGAGUCUUUCCUGUACAGACUGAACGGAAUUACGUCUCAGUUCGACAGCUUGAGAACAUUUAAAGGCAGGACGCGGAACGUAAAGAGCAUCAUACAAGAGGAGAACCAAUUUGUUUUCAUCGACGAUUAUGACACCAACGCGGUGAACGUGUAUCGUUACAAAUCAGAACGCGACAAUUUUUACAGUUAUCAGAGUCUUUUCCAUGAUUCGAGGAUCAACGCGGUUACGUGUUUCUACGCGGAUGAACCCGGUAGAAGCGAUGCUUUUCUCAUCGUCACGACAGAAAACGAUCAAUUCUAUAUCUACCAAUACAUGUUCGCACAGAAGUUCCGAGUGAAAGUGCAGUACCGAAUGGAUGGUCUACAAACGAUGGUACCAUUUGAUUACGCAGGGAUUCCUUAUAUAUUUGCAGGCACAAGUACCAAUAGCACACUACUGCGGAUCGUGAAACAGGGACCCCACUAAAAUUUUUAAGGUUAUCCUAUUAUUCAUCUAUAGUGAAUCAAAAAUGGUAUUUAUUUAUAUUUUUUAAAGUUAUCUAUUAUAUAUGCAUGUAUUAUAUACGUUAAACGAAUGAGAAUAAAGUUCUAAAAUACAUUUUCA